AACCUUUUUGAAACUUUUUUCAAGUUUUGUUUUUUCUCUUUUUUUUCUUUUCUUUCACGAGCUCUUUUAGGGUUUUCUGAAGCUUUAAUCUUUACAAUGCCCCCUCCCUUCCAAUCUACUUUAACUAAAGAAGCUCAUUUUCUUACUUUUUUUUUGUUUAUCACUCUCUCCCUCUUUCUCUCUCCGGUGAAAUACUUGUCGGUUGUGGUGGUGAUUCUCCGACGAAGCUAUUCAUUCGCCGGGAUUAGUUAGUCAGAGUUUUCCUGGAUCCGAUCAAUGGGAACUUGAUGGGUAAUUUGGGGAAUGUCUUUGAAUGAAGCAAAGACUGAGUUUUGCUGAAAAAGGGGAAACGAAAGAUUCCUUAUUUUGUUCUUGUUGUCUCUCUCAGAUAUUACGGAGCUUUACUUUGCCUUUUUUUUAAUCAGUUGUUUUUGGGGAAACUUGCAUGUGAAGUGAUUUGCGUUGAACGAAUCAGCGUGACCGGAUUUUCUUCUGGUCACAUACUGUCUUGUUUUUGUUGUGUAUCUUCUCUGUUACGUUUAUGCGGCAUACCUGUUGAAUUAAGCUCGUGGGAGUUAUGGCUAAGAAGCUAGUUUCGUCGAUGAGAUGUGUCUCUUUGGUUCUGUUCUCACGCCUCUCAAUCUCUGCUUCUAUCUUUGUGAGUUGAAUCGACCCCUGGCUAGGGAUUUUGAAGUUGUUGGUUUUUGGUGAUGGAGGAUAUUGGGUUGGUUAAGCAAGGUUGGAAAUGGAUACAGUCUCAGAAAAAUAUGUGCUCGGAUGCUUGUUCUGGGGUGCGAUGCUUUGGGGAGAAGAUGGGAGGGGUUGUGGAGCGUCACUGGCCGUUGGUGUGUUGUGGAUGUGGGAAGCUAUUAGGGUUACUUCGUUUGUCUUUUGUGUAUUGGAAAGACUGCAUUUUUAGGGGUUUCCAUUGCAGCGCCAAAUUGGGUUCAGCUGCUUUGCUUCUCAUUAUGUGGAGUUGCUUCCUUAGCUUGACUUCCUUGUCUUGCUUGCUUUAUGUUCUCCUCAGUAUGGGGGCAGCUGCAGCUGUUGUUCUGAACUUAGGUUGCACCCCUGGGCUCUUUAUUGUAGGACUAUUUGGAAUUUUGAUUUUAUGGAUGUAUGCAAACUUUUGGAUCACCGGAACAUUGUUUAUUGUUGGAGGCUAUUUAUUUUCCUUAAAUCAUGCCCGUGUGGUGGUUCUAAUGGCGGCCUCAUAUGCGAUGUAUUGUGUCAAAGUCAGACUUGGAUGGCUUGGUCUUUUCCUCUCGAUAAAUCUUGCUUUCUUGUCCAAUGAUAUAUUAAAUUGUCUUCUUCAAUGGUGUGACAAUUUAAGUGAAAAACCACAACACGAGGAACCAAAGAAACCGAAAGAAACAAUUAUAGAAGAAGACUAUUCAGGGGAAUUCGAGUAUCCUUCAGUUCCUCCUGUUGAAGAAGAAACCGAGAAAAAGAUUCACGAGAAUAAGUCGUCUGCUAAACCAGCUGCUCCUUCGACUGUUGUUAAUAGCGUAAAGGAGAUUUCUACUGUUAAAAUAGUCAAAAUAGAAGAGACAAGUUCAGCUGAUGAAAUGAAGAGAAUACUGAAUAGUUUGAAUCAUUAUGAAGCGCUAGGGUUCCCUCGGCAUAAAAAGAUUGAUGCUGUGGUGCUUAAGAAAGAGUAUAGAAAGAAGGCAAUGUUGGUUCAUCCCGACAAAAAUAUGGGGAGUCCAUUGGCAAGUGAAUCAUUCAAGAAACUUCAAAGUGCUUACGAGGUUCUUUCUGAUUUCGUAAAGAAGAGAGACUACGAUGAGCAAUUACGAAAAGAAGAAUCUAGGACUAGGAGUGUUUGCCAGACAUCUCAUGCUUCUUCGCAUAAGAGUGGUCCUGAUUAUCGAUCAGAAGAAUCGAGGCGGAUACACUGUACGAAAUGUGGUACUUCACACAUAUGGGUAUGCACCAAUAGGACUAAAGCAAAGGCAAGAUGGUGUCAGGAUUGUGGUCAAUAUCAUCAAGCAAAAGAUGGAGAUGGAUGGGUCGAACUCAAAGGGACAUUACCCUUCGAGAGAGCACAUAAGAUUGAAAUACCGCGUGCUUUUGUUUGCGCGGAAAGCAAAAUCUUUGACGUCUCAGAAUGGGCCAUUUGUCAGGGAAUGGCGUGUAGACCGAACACACAUAGGCCAAGCUUUCAUGUGAACAUGGUUGGUUUAGAGAAGACAACACAAAGAUCAAACUCAAGUAGGUUCCCAUGGGAUCUAGAUGUGGAGAUGAUGGAUGAGGACGAAGAAGAGUUUGAGCUAUGGCUUCAACAAGCUCUUGCUUCUGGUCUCUUCUGCGAAACCUCAAAACGCAGAAAAAGCUGGAGCCCUUUCAAGUUAAGCCAGAUGAAAAGCAAGAAACAAUGGCGAAGAACAUCCACUUGAUUCACAAUUUGACCGAAACCAUAAAACAAAACUUCCAUAUAGCUCACCACGAAUCCAAAAACUGAAUUCACAGCAAGUGAAUCCAAAGUCUCUCUCUGUAAAUAGCAUAUUAUGUGGAUUGUUCUUAAAGAAAAAAAAAAGAAUCUGUGGAUUUUUCAGUGUGGUA